AGUUGCACACGUGCGACCGGGGAGGAAGUAACGUCAACCCGGGUACCCGGGCGGUGGCGCCGUAGGGGAAUCGGUUCGCCGACACCAUGUCGCAUCUACCCAUGAAACUCCUGCGCAAGAAGAUCGAGAAACGGAACCUGAAAUUGCGCCAGCGAAACUUAAAGCUGCAGGGGGCCUCAGAUGUGAGCCUCUCAGAAGCACAAAAUGGAACCUACCAGAAACUUCCCGAAGAAACUGUGGAGAGUGGGAAGGUUAAAAAAUCUCUAAAGAAACAGUCUGUGAAUAUGGACAUGUCAGAAGCCCGGAAUGGAGAAAUGGCUAAAGAAACAGUGGGAAAAGUGCAAGUUAAAAAAAAGAAAAAGAAACCUACCAUAAUCAUCAACGGAGAAAUAGCAACACCGCCCCCCAAUUCAGAAUCCAAGAAGAAGAAGAAGAAAAGGAGGAAAAUGGUGGGUGACGCUGGGCCUGACACCAAAAAAACAAAAACCGAAGACAAGGGGGAGUCUGAGGAAGAUGCACAAGCGCCAGGAGAGCCCGAAGUCUGCACAGAGAAGCUAGAUGAUCAGGAGGACGGUGAGGUGCCCAGCCUGCCCCUGGGACUGACAGGAGCUUUUGAGGAUACUUCAUUUGCUUCUCUUACCGAUCUUGUCAAUGAGAACACUCUGCGGGCGAUAAAAGAAAUGGGUUUUACAAACAUGACUGAAAUUCAACACAAAAGUAUCAGACCACUUCUGGAAGGCAGGGAUCUUCUAGCAGCUGCAAAAACAGGCAGCGGUAAAACUCUGGCAUUUCUCAUUCCUGCCGUUGAACUCAUUGUCAAGUUGAAGUUCAUGCCUAGGAACGGAACAGGAGUCCUUAUUCUCUCACCUACCAGGGAGCUGGCCAUGCAGACUUUCGGGGUCCUCAAGGAGCUGAUGACGUACCACGUUCACACAUACGGGUUAAUCAUGGGUGGCAGCAACAGAUCUGCGGAAGCACAGAAACUUGGUAAUGGGAUCAACAUCAUCGUGGCCACACCAGGCCGCCUCCUGGACCACAUGCAGAAUACCCCGGGCUUUAUGUAUAAAAAUCUCCAGUGCCUGGUGAUUGAUGAGGCUGAUCGUAUCUUGGAUGUCGGGUUUGAAGAGGAAUUAAAACAGAUCAUUAAACUUCUGCCAACACGCAGGCAGACCAUGCUCUUUUCUGCCACACAAACUCGGAAAGUUGAAGACUUGGCGAGGAUUUCUCUGAAAAAGGAGCCAUUGUAUGUUGGUGUGGAUGAUGAUAAAGCUAACGCAACAGUGGAUGGUCUUGAGCAGGGGUAUGUUAUCUGUCCCUCCGAAAAGAGAUUCCUCCUCCUCUUUACAUUCCUUAAGAAGAACCGGAAGAAGAAACUGAUGGUCUUCUUCUCAUCCUGUAUGUCGGUGAAGUACCACUAUGAGUUGCUGAACUACAUCGAUUUGCCUGUCCUGGCCAUUCAUGGAAGGCAGAAGCAAAAUAAGCGUACGACCACAUUCUUCCAGUUCUGCAAUGCAGAUUCUGGGAUACUGCUGUGUACAGAUGUGGCGGCCAGAGGGCUGGACAUUCCUGAAGUCGACUGGAUCGUGCAGUAUGACCCCCCAGAUGACCCAAAGGAAUAUAUUCAUCGAGUGGGAAGAACAGCCCGAGGCCUAAAUGGAAGAGGGCAUGCCUUGCUCAUCCUGCGCCCGGAAGAACUGGGUUUCCUUCGUUACUUGAAGCAAUCCAAGGUGCCGUUAAGUGAAUUUGAGUUUUCCUGGUCCAAAAUUUCUGACAUUCAGUCUCAGCUUGAAAAGUUGAUUGAAAAGAACUACUUCCUUCAUAAGUCAGCCCAGGAAGCAUAUAAGUCCUAUAUUCGAGCAUAUGAUUCUCAUUCUCUGAAGCAGAUCUUUAACGUUAAUAACUUAAAUUUGCCUCAAGUUGCUCUGUCAUUCGGCUUCAAGGUGCCUCCUUUUGUUGAUCUGAACGUGAACACCAAUGACGGCAAGCUUAAAAAGAGAGGAGGUGGUGGCGGAUUCGGCUUCCAGAAAGCCAGGAAAGUCGAGAAGUCCAGAAUCUUCAAGCACAUUAGCAAGAAGUCAUCCGACCGCCGGCAGUUCUCCCACUGAAGACACACCUUCCUUUCUCCCUAAAUAGCUUUGUCCAGAAAUGUGUUUUUCCCUUUUCUCUAACAGAGGGAGGUUUGUGGCUUCAGGACUGGGACUGAUUGAGCAGGAGUAUAUAAACUGACUCGGGGUGUAAGCACUGGGCACCGAUCACUUCCAGCAAAUACCUCUCUUACCUGGGGAUGUACAAAACAAGAGUUCAUAUUUUUAGGUUGCUCAAGGGCAAAACAAAGGAUCUCUUGGAUAGAAUAUUUUAAUUCUUUUUCCUCUAAGUUUGUCAUUGUUUUAAUAGAAUUCUUUCUGUCCCUUUCCCUCCCCGGUGGCUGCGGAUCUUGGUGGCAGGGAUUGCUGCGCCAGCCUGCAGUAAAGGCAGUGACCUGAGGCUCUGAACCGGGUGCUGGUGGCAAUGAUGCAGAAAAUUGUCUCUGCUUAUUUGGUUUUGUUUUUGGUUGUUUCUUGGACUUUAACCAAGGUCUUGACCUCCCCUGAAAACGCUGUGUAUCUAGGAAGCACCUUAGCUCAGAGGCGGCGCUGAUUUUGAUACAGGCCAGGUGUUAAAACAGUGAGCCUUUCCCGUCUUGCUUUUUAAAAAGGGUGAGAAGUAAGGGCCAUUUGUCAUUGUUAGCUGAGUAGAGCCCCCUCAGCACUCCCAGCGUUUGUUGGGAGCAGUGGGAAUCAGAUUUUUGAGCCUCAUUUGCGCCAGUACAAGUGCAGUACUUCUCUGUUUUCCAUUUUGAUAACAUAGCGAAAAUCUUUCCGGAAAAGGCACAGAGUGGUGACACCUCUCAUUCAGCUUUGCUUCAGGUGGUUUGGAUUUUGGUGAACCCUUCCAACCCUGCAGGGCACCAAGGAGGCCAAGCAUCUUUUUGAGAAAAAUCGCCGCUUUCAGAUGCAUGAAGGAAAGAUAGAUUUACGAUGCAGAUUGGAAAUGAGCAGAGGUCAGAGAGAGCGGCACAGAUGGGUUGAGUCAGGUGGGGGGUUUGUUGUGGGAGCUCCUGACUUUUCGUGUUUCCUGGGUCUUGUUUUCUCUCCAGUACAUUUUGUGACUGUAAAAUGUUUAUUAGAUUUGUAUCAAUUUGAAACCAAAGUCGUUCAGCGUGAUUUUGCUAUUAUGCCAGGUAAUAGUGAUAGAUUCCUGUUAAAAUAAGCACAACUGAGAAUGUCAAAUGUGGAGGAAACAGCCUGAUAAAAAUAGCAUCUCUGGAGUGAGGAAAAGAAAGAAGAGUGAUAUUCUUCAUCUGGACUCGACCACUGUCCCCUUGUCCCCUUGGCUGGAGCUGUCCUGGGGUUCAGGCCCUGACCGCCGGACUCCUGGCUUUCAGUAACUGGUCCUCUAAGACCUCUGGUGACUUGUGUUUCUUGUUUCAGAAGUCAUCGUGUCUCAGAAAAUACACAAAGACAAAGAGAACAUUUAAUCCACAACAGGAGUAAAUCCUGUCAGUAUUUCUGUACAGACUCAUCCAGUGUUUUAUAUGCAUAGUUUUACAUUUUUUUUUAUCAGCAGUGAAGCCCUCCUCUACCCCAGCUUGUAACCGGCUUGUUUCAUAACAUGCGAUUUUCCUGGGUCAUUAAAUAAUUCCGUCAGUUUUGUA